AUGGCGUCGACCGUCCGCGCCUCCCCGACGCUCUCGCUCCCGCGCGCGCCCUCCCGCGCCGCCCGCCUCCCGCGCCGUCGCGCGUCGCGGGAGACCCGCGGAAAAGGAUGGCGAGACGACAGCCCGCUCGACGCCGGCGACGCGACGACGAGAGCCAAGGCGAAGCGGAGCAAGACUCGUGAGCGCGGCGGGACCACGGGCGUUGGGAAGGGCACCGAGGAAGGGUGCGAACUCCGCGCGAUCGACCUCGGCCAGGGGAAGUCCGUCGAGCUGUACGUCCCGCGCGACGACGCCGUCGCGGACGUCGCCGGGGAUCGCGUCUCGCUGGAGGUGCUCGAGGGAUUCAGGCGCGUCCUCGUUUCAUUCAUCGCGCACUGGGACGAGCUCUACGGCGCCGGCGACGUCGUGUGGCCCGCGUCCGUCGCGCUCGCGCGUCUCCUCGCGCACUGCCCGAGCCUCGUGCGAGGGAAGCGCGUCCUCGAGAUCGGCGCGGGGUUGGGGCUCGUCGGCGUGGCCGCGAUGGGCGCGGGCGCGAGCGAGGUGUGCUUCGCGGACGUCGACGCCGGCGUGCUCGCGAUGACGUCUCGAAGCGCGGAGCACGCCGCGAAGAAGGCGGCGCGUUCCCAGCUCACACUAGUUUCCAUACGACCGCGUUGGCGUCGUGAACUUCAUUCCUUAAGGACUUUCUCUCCCGGCAACGCCGCCGGGUCGACGCCGACGACGACGCGAACGUUAACGUUGGAUUGGAAGGAGCUGUCCGCGUGGCCGGAGCGCGCGUUCGACGUCGUCGUCGCCUCGGACGUGCUGUACGACGCGGACGCGGUGCCGCACGUCGCGGCGGCGACGUCGAGGGCGCUCGCGCUCGCGGGCGCGGUCGCGGGUGCCGCGGCGGACGGAAACGGGAACUCGAGCCCGAUGAGCCCUCCCAUGGCGUUGUUCGUCGACCCGGCCGCGCGUCUUCACCGCGAGGCGUUCGCGUCCGAGGCUCGGAAGUUUGGCAUGGAGACCGCGGACGCGGACUUCCCGGGGCACGAGAACAUGCGGCUGCUGCAGCUCACGCGCGUGGAGCUCGGGGUCGCCGCGUGA